AUGACUGCGGCGCCGCUCCCGUCCGAGGAGCGCGACUCCGAGCAUGAGGGCGUCGAGGAGAUGACGGAGGCUGCAAAGAAAGCUGAGGGAAAGGAGGAGAAGGAGGAGAAAGAGGAGGAGGAGGAGAUGACAAGCAGUCCCUCUUCACCUGAGCAGGAGGUGGGCGAGGAGCCCUGCCAGGUUGUGGAGCCCGAAGUCCCCGAGGAGGAACACGAGGAGGAAGAGGAUGUCUUGGACUUGCAGGGCGACCACGAAGAGCAGGAGGAUGCAGUUGAGGAUGCAAUUGAGGAUGCAGUUGAAGAUGCGGUUGAGGAGGCAGUUGAGGAGGCAGUUGAGGAGGCAGAGGAGGAGGCAGAGGAGGAGGCAGAAGAAGCGGAAAACCAUGUGGAUGCACCGCAUGACGGUGACCGUGAAGCAGAGGCCAAAGAACCUGAGCAGGCGCCGGAGGAAGGUGAUGCGGGUGAUGUUCCUGCCGUAGAUCAACAGGAGGAUGAAGUAGCAGAAGAGGAAGAGCAGGAAGAGCAGGAAGAAGAGGAAGAAGAGGAAGAAGAGGAAGAACUUGAAGCUGAAGCUGAGGAAUAUGUCGAGGAAGAUGCUCCAGGUGAGGAGGAGGCUGAAACGUGGCCUGCUCUACCAUCUUCCAGGCCGGCAGCCCCACGUCGCUGGACAGGCCGUGCAGCGCAGGAGCCAGUUUUGGACACGAACGAAGACGAAGAGGAGGAGAUGGAGGAGGAGGAGGAGGAGGAGUGGUAUGAUGAGGAGAUGGAGGAGGAAGUGGAGAAUCUGAGGAUGCAGAUGAGGCAGAUGGAAGAGGAGAACGAGAGUCUACGAGACGAACUGAGCCAGGAGAAGACCAGGGUGAAGCAGCUUCAGAAGCUGCAAGUCGAAGCUGCUCAGGCAGCCCACCGAGAGUUCGAGGCCAAGAAGCGUGAGGCUGCAGCAUUGCGUGAGCUGGAAGAGGCGAAAGCGUAUGUCUCCAAAAGGCACACCUUCGCCUUGAACGAGAAAGCCGAGCUGCCGAAGCCUCAGUGCUACUUCUUUGCGGAUGCAGUCCCCUUUCUGCAAGGCCACACGCAGGAACACCCAAUCCCUCAACCAGACAUGGUAGGCUAG